UUACGGGUUCGAGGCUCGAACCUGUUAUAGAGUGUAUGUCCUUGGCCAACCCAAUAGUUCUAACCCAGAGGUAAUGGGUUCAAGGCUCUAAGCUGCUAAGGUGUUCCGUCUUCCCUCACCCACUAUAUAUAUAUUAUAAUGGUCGUUCAAAAACAUUUCCUACCCUGGCAACAGUUUUUGUUGCCAAGAGCAGCAAAUACCUCGUUGCCCAUCACAUGUUUAAAUGGUGACAGUCAUUUAUGCUAAUCACUGUUUUUGUAACGCCUGAUUAUAUUAUCCAUUACUUUGAAACUUUUUUUCCCGGUGCCAGAUUGCUGAAGCACAGCGUUGCUGAACUACAUUUUUUCUCACCGUACGUUAAAAACAACAAAAAUUUGAUGACGCAAAUUACCUGCUAGUCAAUUUAGUACAUCGCCUCAGACCCCAGACACUUGCACUUAAUUGAAACAAUUUUUGCGUCGGCGAGCCUCUUAUUUUCACUGGAAUUACCUCGUUUGAGGCUCAGGGCGAACGCCGAUUCCCUCAUUCCGAUCAAACGCACUUUACCUCUUAUUUCUGCCGCGUGAAGCUUAUAAUAUAGAGAGAUAGGGUUACAAAACGUUCGUCCGGUUGUAAGGAUGUGAUUUAUUAGUAAGCCUGAGAUUUUUACGCCUCGUCUGAGCAUCGUUUAUGUGAAAGUUAAGAUAUCAAGAAAUAAUAGACAGGGAUAAACAAUUUAUUAAUACAGCACUGUUAGAUACUUAGAGCAAUGAAUUUAAUUUCUCGGAAUUUUUUUGUUAUUUUCCUGAAAAGACUUUCUACAUACGGGUUUGAAACCAUCCUCUUUAUUAUUUGUAUUAUUCAAAUUGCCGAAAAUCAUACGAGUUGGGCAUUGGCACCUGCCGGAUGGGCAGUUCUCGAUGGGCCAAGACACGUUGAGAGUUCUUUUCAAAGCCAUUUUCCAUCCGAUGAAAGUUUUAAUGAAGAGACACCAAAAAGAAAUGUGACAAUUAAUCUUCCAGUCUAUUGUAGCAAGGGGCGGAGAGCAUUAUCACACCUACAAUGGAAUAUAUGUAGCCUUGACGCAUCUUCGGCUGUAGCUGCCGACCAAGGAUACUGGAAAGCAAUAAAGUUAUGCGAAACAGAGUUCAAAUACGAAAAAUGGAAUUGCUCACUGGUGCUUCCCCGGAGUCGAAACCACAAAAGAAACACAUCAAGAUUUAAUGACGGUGUUUUACCAAUUGGACUCGAAGAUACUAAAGAAGCAGCAUACUAUUAUGCAAUAACCAGAGCUGGCAUUGCUCAUUCAAUUACACGGUCUUGUUCGACGGGUGCAGUGCCAGGGUGCAAGUGCUACGAAGGCUUUAAAACAAGGAACUUCGUAAAACAUGUUCAUAAUCUAUGUAUAAAUCCUGUUGAAGUGAAAGUCACCGGGAAUUACAUUAGGUCAAAGAGUACGUCAUCAGUGGAAUUACCGCAUGGUGUCUCCUCGACCGAGAACUGUACCAGUGACGUGACUUGGGAAUGGAGGGGGUGCAGUGAUAAUAUCAACUAUGGAGUUAGACAGAGCAAGAAAUGGUUCGAACCAAACUCUAAGAGACGCAAGAAACGUCUAAUGACAUCGUCUGACAAACUGAAUUUGCAUAACGCUAACGUUGGGCGGAGGGUCUACGAGGAUUUAACCGCAUUAAAUUGUGUGUGUUCUGGUUUAUCUGGUUCAUGUGCUCUUCGUACUUGCUGGAAACGUCAUCCAGACCUCCGCGUGGUGGCAGCAGAGCUGAAGAAGUUGUACAAAAAAGCAAGGCCAGUCGUUCUAGCAACCCAAACACGGAACCCAACUAGAUAUAAAAUCACGACUGGAUCUGGACGCGUACGGAAACUUUUUAAAAAGGAACUUGCUUACUUUAACCGGACCCCCGAUCUAUGCGAGCCUGACGAAAUUACUGGUUCUCUCGGCACGAAAAAGCGGGAAUGCAAACUGCGGUCAAAUGAUGCUGGCGACUGUCGCAGACUUUGUUGUCGAAGGGGCUUUUAUGAUGUAACCAAAGAAAUCACUUAUACAUGUAAUUGUCAGUUCCACUUUUGUUGUAGGGUGACAUGCCAGGUUUGUAGACGAAGCGAAACGUUGCAUAUUUGUAACGGAUGAGAUUAGCUCCCUCAUAAUAAAGAAUACCCAUGAUCUCGCUUCGUUAGGAGACGCCAGACGUUACGCUUCGCUUCGUGUUGUUGCAUUUCGUUUUUCAGCUUGGCUUUUGCAUUCUAUUUAUUUUUUUGAUUUGUAAAAAUGUUUAAAUAAACGGCUUUACAAAAAAA